AUGCAGAUGAUUGACGAAUCGGUCGAGCUCAAGCGGUGCACGAAGUGCUCGGGCGCACUCUCCAAAUCGUCGGGCACGAGAUCAGCGCGAAGAAGCUCACCGUGUCGACCCACCUGCCACGCCCCUGUCGACCACAUCGGCGAUCCCCUCGUGCUCUACGAGCUGCUCCAGUCGUGCGUAGCGACCAAGGGCACCUACGAGGAGAAGAUCGAGCAGAACGCCAUCCCACGAGGUGUCCAACAAGCGCAACGAGUAGCUCGCCGGUGA